AUGGUGAUUUUGGGUCAUGUUGUCAAUCAGGCAGGGCUCCAUCCCGAUCCGGAGAAGCAACGAGCCAUAAAGGAGUUUCCGCGUCCGCUGAAAAUCAGCCAACUGCGCGGUUUUUUAGGUUUGGCGAGUUAUUAUCGUCGCUUCAUUAAGAAUUUUGCCUCGAUUGCUCAACCUCUUCAUGCGCUCCUUAAAAAGUCUCAUGUGUGGAGUCAGGAUAGUUGGACGGAUGUUGCCGAAGCGUCGUUCCGACAAUUGAAAGAAAUGUGGUCGUCGACUCCUAUCCUAGUACGGUUUCGUGAUGAUUGGGCGUGUGAGCUCCGUACCGAUGCCAGCAGGGAGGGUAUAGGCGCCGUUCUUCUUCAAAACAAGGAUGGAAAAGAAGAAACAGUGGCAUUCAUCAGUCGAAGACUCAAUCCCGCUGAACACAACUAUGAUAGCAAUGAACUUGAGUGUCUGGCGGUCGUGUGGGCGCUACAAAAGCUUCGCCACUACGUUCACGGAAGACCCGGGGAACUCACGGUUGUAACAGACAAUUCGGCGGUAGCGUGGAUGCAGAAAAAGACUCAAGUGGGGAAUAAGUUCAGCCGAUGGGUAGCAGUUAUUGCUGAGUACGGGGUGGUCUUUAAACACCGUCGUGGAGCUUGCAACCAGGUUGCGGAUGCACUAUCAAGGAAUCCCGUAGGAGACCCUGAAGAGCAAGGGGAUGAUGGAGGACUCUUCGCGUGCGCUGUUACUAACAAGGUUCCCGGAGAAGAAGACAUCCGCAUACGUCAAUGGGCGGACGAAGAGUUGCGACCGAUCCUAACUCGUUUGAUGUCAACGGAAGACGCAAAUAAAGACGAGGAAACUACUGGGCCCUAUGUGAUAAAGGAUGGUGUUUUAGAAAUAGGACGUGCCGUCGGACUCCUUCAUCCGAUCGAACCGAGCAGUGUGCCAUUUGAGCGCUGGGGUAUUGACCAUAUCGGUCCGUUAACCGUCACGGGGAAUGGGAAUCGACACAUCCUGGUAUGUGUAGAUUACGCGACACGCUGGGUUGUGGUACAGCCAGUGCCCAAUACGUCCGCCGGCCUCGUCAAGGAUUUCUUGUUGAACAGAAUUCUGUGGGUGUAUGGGACACCCCAUAAGAUAAUAAGUGACCGAGGAACGGGAUUUAAGGCCGAAGAAUUAGAGCGAGUGUUGAACCUAUUGGGGAUCGUUCAUGGGAUGACCGCAUCCUACCAUCCUCAAACAAAUGGGCUGUGCGAGCGGACCAACCAAUCCAUCGUAGAGGGGUUAAAGAGUUUGGUGUCGGAGACUGAGUCGCGUUGGGAUGAAUAUCUACAACAGGCAGCCUUUUCGUACAACACGGCCAAGCACGAAACCACCGGUCUACCGCCCUACGAGCUGGUCUUUGGAAGACAAGCGGUGUUGCCUUGGGAAACACUAUACCCGUACGAUAGUGAGGUAGUUAAGCGGCUGACCAGUGUUACUUAUCGCGUAACGAAUAUACCAGGUCAAAGUACCAGGAAACGACUAGUGGUAUUUCCCGCACACGUUUCACAAAUGAAGCCCUACCUUGCAGGAUAUUGCAGUCGGAGCGAAGAAUCGGGCGAUGGUUCAUCAGAAGGUGAAACCGGUGGAUCAGAGGAAGCAACGGACGGCGGAUCGAGUGUGUCUGAGGAGGUAGAAGAGGAGGAUGACUCCGAGGGGCAGUUGACCGAAGAAGGUCUAGUGAUUUCCGAGAAGGAGGCCAAUGAUAAUCAGAUGGCACCGGAUGAGUCCGUGUCACCUUCUGGACGGCCGAAACGGAGUAGAAAUCCACCAAGGUGGCAAGAGGAUUAUGUCGUCUUGAAUGACCAGGAGUCUAGUUCACCCCAUGUAUCAUUUCUCGAGUAUAUUACCGUUUGA